UCGACCGUCCGCCUGCGACGGGAGGGGGGAGUGAAUGGGGGUGCAAUUUUGGCGCGCACGAACGUGGCGUGUGCGCCGACUUGAAAAAUGCCGAUUUGUUGACUUAAAAGUCGCUCGCGCUUCUCACGCGACUGCACGGUAUCGACGGUCGUUCUACAUGGAUGUUAUCCGCGGCAGCGAUCAUGUCGUCGAUGGUGCUCGUCAAGCGUCAGUUGUCCAAGGUGAUAAGGAGGUUCAAGUUCGAGGAACUGGAGAGCGCCGUGGUGCCCGUCUUCCCGGAGGUCUCCUGGGCGCGCGUCAGAUCUAAAUUGGUCAAGAAUCACAAGAGUUUCACGGUGGCCAACGCGCUGCGCGUCAUCGAGGACGUUCUCGACAACGCGAAUUUACGGGAGAAGGAACUGCGCGACAGAUUGACAACGCUGGAGGUGAUAGUCGUCGACUCACGAAACGACGAUCUUUCAGACGUAAGCAGACACGACGAGAGAAAAGUGUGGUAUGGAUACGAAUUGACAGGUUCGAACGGGACGUCGAGGCAUGUCGAAAUGCAGGAGAUGCAGGAAGGCAUCAGAGAGGAAUUUCAUUCGAGUGGCCUGGACAUGAGCGUGAAAACUGUAAUGCACAACAACGUCACGUUUAUAUGCGUUCGAGAGAAGGAGAAGAAGAAGAAGAAGAGUGAGCGAUCCACCAUGCCGACCUUCUUUGCCGUGUUCUUGGGACACAAGUAUUUUUUCUGCUCGAAGAAGACUGUGCCCCUUCACUAUGUGAAAGUGAUGGCCAUCAGUCUGGGCUACAGCAACAGCAGGAGGAUCAGGCUGAUGGGCAAGAACCUCAGAUCUCUGAUAAAACUAUUGUGGUUUAAGCAGCAAGGCGCCUUGCACGCCGAAGAUAUUGGUCGACCACCAGUUUACCAACCGUCUAAUCCUACCGUCAGUAAUAACGGCGUGGAUUACACGCAGCGCAAGCAACGAAAAAAAUACGCGGAACAGUGUUUCAGCAAGGAUCCUCCGAUUCUGGAGAAACUCGUUAUAACGGGGCCAGAGGAAUCUAUAAAACACGACGCUGUGGCUUCGAAGUUACCUGCCGAUAGCUUGCGUAUAAACUGGGAAUUCCAUAGUCGCAACUUAGCCAGGUUUUUAACUGUUUUAAUCGAAAGACGUGCGUUCACGCUGCCGUUACCCGAGUACGUGUCCAAUCUCAUGACACUGGGGAAAAACGUAUUGACACUUCAGACUAACGACCGGUAACUCGGUCGUAAAUUACGAAUUUCUUAUGGCGACAAAAGCUGAGAAUUCACGAUGCCCGCAUAUUGUUUUAUAUCAGUUAUAAAAAGAAUAUUAGAUAUUAAUUUUAUACAAUAACGAUGUGCGAUGUCGCGCUGAAUAUAAUUAAAUAAUCGAUAACUGUGUACAAAGGGUAAAAUGAGAUUAUACAUAGGUUGAUUGGAAUUGUACAUAAAUGUUAUCGACGUAAUAUAACUGGAUUAUUUAUGAUUUCGUGUAAACAUACAUUGUAAAAAAUAACGGUGAAGUGUGAGAGAGAAAUUAACUGUUAAAUCAGCCCCUCAGGCUCGAACUGGUGAAAGAGACAGGCCAGAGGCAGAGAGUGCAGAACACUGUAUUAAAUUUAUUACAUAACUUUGUUACAUAGAAAUGCCACUGAAAGCGUCUGUUACAUUAAUAAAGUACGUUUAUUAAAAGUUUA